CCAAACAAGACAGUAAUGAGAAACCUAGUAAGAAAGCAGCCGCGAAGAGAAGAUGCAGAUGAGCUUAGAGGGGAACGAUCCAAAAGGAAUCAACUUUUCAAAAGUCCAAAAGAAAUCGACCUGUUAUUAUGUCUGUCUGUCCGUCUAUCUAUCAGCAGCAGAAGAAGAAGGAGAAGAAGAAAGAAGAAGGCCUAAGGUUUUCUUUUUUUCAUAUUUAGCAGUAUUUAUUUAUAUUUUUUUUGUUAAAUUUUGGAUGUUACUUUUAUGUAAAUACAUGGAUUAUUGCAACAUGAAUGUUUUUGUUACAUUAAUACUGUACUCUCGUAAAUAUUAUCAUUUGGAAUACGGUUUGGGUUUACUUAUAAUAUAUUUAUAUCAUAUAUGAUAUGAUGAUCAUGUUAAAAAUUUAUUAACUUUUUUAUUUUUAUUUUUACCGAGUAAUACAAAUAUAUUUCAAAAUCCCCAAACUUAACUUUCCCACUCCUUUUCCUAACAUACAUACAUAUAUACCUCUACCUCUGAAUUCUUUCUUUUCAUUCAAUCAACUCCCCUAUAUAUAUUCUCCUUGCAACGCAAGCAAUUAUAUACAUACAAACAUACAUAUAUAACCCUGAAUUCCUUUUCUUCUCCUUCUAACACAAUCAUUCAUAUUACACCUCUGCAUUCAUUCAUUCUUUUCUUUCAAUCUUUUAAUCAAAUCCCAAUUUUCUUAAUCACUUUCAUUCUUUUCUUGAAAACUGCCAUGGCAGAAGAAAAAAAACCCAAAAUCCCACCGCCCAUGUUGCCCCUCAUCACAAACGCAUCCCUUUCCAACCGCCUACUCAAUACCCUCUCCUUACUAAAUAAAGAAUGGUUUCUUUGCGAUUGCAACAACCGGCGAGAAGUGUUAGUGUCCAAUGUGUGGGCUAUCGAUCCAAACCGAGUUAUAGAAAGGUUCCCUCAUGUUAAUUCAAUCAUGUUGGUGAAUCCCAUCAAGAAACAAAGAGAUGAUGAUCCCCUCGCCAGUUUCGGGCCUUGGAAUAACGUGUUAAAGGAACACCAGAUCUUGGAGCGUCUCUUUUUGCAUGGGUUUUCAAUCAAAGAUCGACAUUUGAAGAAGUUUUCCACCGACUACCCGAAUCUCAAGGAGCUGACCUUGAGAUCGUGUUCAGGUUUCAGUUUCACCGGGCUUGAAGCCGUUGCAGCAGGUUGCAGGAACCUCACUCAUUUAAUUGCACGGUCGUGCACCUUCCUGGAUUCCAAUUCCAAAAGUGAAUUCCUUGCCUCCCUUCAUAAAGAGAAUAUGGUUUCCAUAGAAGUAUCGGGUAAAAAUGUAGGAAAUAAUUGUACUGGUGAUCCUGAAAAUCUAUUGAAACUCAUCAAAUCUGCAACAGGAUUGGAACACCUAGGUGGUGUUGUCAACGUCGAGGGUAAGAACCUUUCCACUGGAACCUGUGAUCAGGUUUCACACCAACUCAUCAAGUCAAGGAAAUUAGAGUCCCUCUCAUUAGCAAGUGCUGAGAAUUCGUCGCUUCCAGUUCCUGGCUUUUAUAUUGACACUUUUUUACCUGUUGCUGCCCAAAUCAUCAGCCUCAACCUUCGGGGUUUAGUAGUUGAUCGGAAGGAUCUUGUGAGGAUGAUAACAAGUUGCAUGAACAUUAGAAUCCUUCAGGCUUCGUCCGAUGAUCUAGAUGAUUUUGCUGUGGAAUAUAUUGGUAAGCAUUGCAAGAGUUUAUCAAAAGUAAAAUUUGUGGAUUCUGAAGGUAAAAGCAACAUUACUGAUGAGGGUUUAAAGCACAUAGCCAAUGGCUACCCCUCAUUGCAAUCUUUGUCGAUAUGUGUGGUGGAGGGAGCUGUGACAUGCAAGAGCCUUGUUGAUUUUGCUGAGCUUAAGAGGAAUAUAGAGUGUUUGAAGCUGUAUGCAGAGGAUGCGGAUUUCAUCAUUGGGAUGAAAUAUGAUGUUUUGGAUGAAGGCUUCGCCGAGUUACUAAAACUUUGCCCAAAGCUCAAAAAGUUGAGAGCUCCAAACGUGUCUGCUGAUCCGUUCACUUUGAUAACUGGAGAGAACCUGGAAAGCCUCAAUGUAAAGGUAGCAGCUGUUGGUAAGACCCCAGAUCUAAGCACUUUGGCUAGAUCAUUCCCACGGCUAGAGAAACUAGUGGUAGAGAACUGUAGGUUUAUUUCUCUACCGAAAAACGUUUUGAAGAAGCGAGAGUUAAAGUCUGUUUGGCUGAAAUCAACGGAGGGGUGUAUAGAGGUGGGAAAAUGCUGGAAGGAAUGGCAUGAAGUUAAGGUGCAGGUGCUGGAGACACUGUUAAAGAAAGCUUCCUCAGUGUACAUGUACAAGAAAUGUGCUCCAGGGGACAAGUAAGUGGAAAUUGCUAGUGUUCCUCUCGUUUUGAAGUUUUCUGUGCGUUCUGAAAUUUUAGAGGGAUAGUUCAAGCUGUAGCUGUAGUGUACAACGUCUUUGUGUUUCACAUGAAAGUUGGUUUAUGGCGUAGGAUUGAUUUCUGUAACUUUAGUGUACAAUGUCUUUGUAACUGUAACUGUAGUGUACAAUGUCUUUGUGUAAUGAAUAUUAUCUUUGGAAAUUCCAAGUUUCAUUUUCUGGGUCA